UCUUGUCGUGUUUUGCUUCCUGUACUGCCUGUUUGCAUCUAUAAACAUAUAUCUAUAAUAAUCUUAUGGCUAAACUGGCUUUGAUAUUGUGCCCAACCAUACUAUAUCCACUAUAUCCACUAUAAAGAACCAUUUUGCCUUUCAUGCACCCCAGAAGCGUAGUGGUUACGUAUACGAGACGCCCAUAGGGCAACCCAAACUUCAUCCGCUGUCGUCCUGAGGGGAUAUUAAGAUGACCAAGAUGUCUCGCCGUGAGCCAAAGCUGCCUGUGCGGCAGCUGAUCAUACUGGCAAUAUGUAGAUUCGCAGAGCCAAUCGCGGCAACGAGCGUCUUUCCGUAUCUGCCCGAAAUGAUCGAGAGUUUCGGGGUCAAAAAGCAAGAGGUAGCCAAGUGGGCAGGAAUCACAAGUGCUGUAUUCAGUCUGAGCCAGAGCAUUACGGCCAUAAUAUGGGGUAGAGCGUCCGACAUGUUCGGCCGCAAACCGGUGAUCUUAUUGGGGCUUACCUCGACUAUGAUCAUGAGUAUAUUGUGGGGUUUCUCGACAUCACUUACUUGGGCGAUUAUUGCGAGAGCUCUCUCCGGCGGAGGAAACGGAAAUGUUGGUAUCAUUCGAACCAUGGUCGCGGAAAUGGUGCCUGAAAGGAGCCUUCAGCCCCGUGCGUUCUCAGUCAUGCCUCUCGUAUGGAGCUUUGGUAGUAUCCUGGGACCAGCCUUUGGUGGUUUCUUUGCUUCUCCGGCCGUCAAUCUUCCUGGACUCUUCGGCAACAACAAGUUGCUCACAAAGUUUCCCUUCGCGCUGCCUAAUAUGAUAGCGUCCAUCUUCUUUGCCGUCGGCAUUAUUGUCGGCUUCCUUUUUCUGAAAGAGACCCUAGAGACUCGCAAGAACAAACCCGAUUACGGGAUUUAUAUCGGCCAGAGGCUGGUUCGGUGUGUCAAGUCCCGCAAGAAGAGGCGGAACCGUGACUAUGACGACGAUGAGCUCGGAGCUGCUCUGCUCAACAACACCCACUCCCGCAGUAACUCUCACUCCUCCAGCAAGCCAUUCGACACCACAUGGCAAGGACCCAAGACACCCCAAGUGGCCGGCCCCUCCGUUUGGGAAGUCUUCAACAAGCAGUCGAACCUUAACCUCCUCUCCUACGCCAUCCUCGCCCUCCACAGCAUGGCAAUGGACCAACUCCUCCCAAUCUUCAUGCACCACCCCCAACAAGCCCCCGACUCCUCCAACACGAAACUCCCCUUCAAAUUCAGCGGAGGCUUCGGCAUCUCCUCCUCCCGCAUUGGGACUCUCUUCACCGCCUACGGAAUCUGCAGCGGCAUCGUGCAGUUCUUCGUCUUUCCCGUGGUGGUACGGCGGUUCGGCGUCCUGCGGUGCUACCGCGUGUGCGCAGUCAUUAUCCCAUCCGUCAUGUUCGUCACGCCGUAUACGGCGCUUAUCCAGAACCCGAUACGUCAGCAACUUGCGAUGUUCAGCUUGAUGAUCGUCAAGGCGUUCUGCGGCAUCUUCAUGUUCCCAUGUAGUACGAUAAUGUUGACGAAUUCCGCGGCGAGCUUGAGGCUGCUGGGGACGCUGAAUGGGGUUGCCACGAGCGUGAGUUCGAUUGGGCGAGCUGCUGGGCCGUUCUUUGCUGGCGCGGCGUUCUCGUGGGGGUUGGAGAGGGGGUAUGUUAUUGUGGCGUGGUGGAUGUUGGGGUUCAUUGCGAUCCUUGGGGCGAUUCCGAUAUUUAUGUUAGUUGAGAUGGAGGGGUUUAAUCAGGCUAGCGACGAUGAGGAUGGGAGUGAUGACGAGGAACUAUUGACCCCUCAUGAUGAUGAUGAUGAUGAAGGCACCAUCAUCGCGGGGGAUGAGGCUCUAUAUGAGACUUCGGAGGAUGAAGAAGGGAUUGACACGGUGGAACAGCCGUUGGCGGGUACACAGCACAGACUUGACGUACCCCGCGCAUCUGUACAACGGAGGAUGAGCAGCCCAGUUGGUAUCCGAGGGAAUAGUAUCGGACCCGGCGAACGAGGAAGGAGGCUGAGCACUGGGCUUGGUUACUCCAAUUUCGGUCGUGGAACUGGAGGGACGACUUUCGGAUGAUUGAGGUUGGGAAUAGAUGGUAACAGGACCGAAUGAGAUUAAUGAACACUGCACUUGAUAUAGUAAUGUAACGCGGAAAAUUGGGAAUCGGGAGCAUCACAGAAGCGAAAAUGAAGGAUACACGAGAUACCUAGAUAGUCAGCGGA